AGAGGCGGAAGUACUAUAACUUACAGUGACAGGCGUUGUUUUGUAGACAUUAGGCUAUACUUUUCGUGAAAUAAUGUAAUUUGUUGCGCAUUUCUGUGCGGUUAAAUAUGGAGGAGGAGGGACAGCUGCGGUCCUUGAUGUUCCUCAUACCUUACCUGCUGCUGAAGCGCAGAAGAGACAUAAACAAUUUAAACAUUCAGAGGCGCAAUGAGAUCCAGAGGCGCAUUAGACAUCGUCAGUACUUCUUCCAGAGACAGAGGAGGAUGAUGAUGAUGAUGUUAGCUGGAGGCAUCCGCUCCAAUGUCCACAUCCGCACACGUCCCUGGACCACUACUGCAAGCACUGACUGGUGGGAGCGGACAGUGAUGACUGAAUUUGAGCCGUCUGAUUGGCUGGAUAAGUUUAGGAUGAGCCGGCAGACAUUCUUUUACCUGUGUGAGAAGCUUAAGCCUCGACUAGCUCGCCAGGACACCAGUUUCCGCCUGGCGCUGCCGGUGGAGAAACGAGUAGCUGUGGCUCUGUGGCGUCUGGCGUCCAACGUCGAAUACCGUACCAUCAGCACUCUGUUUGGUGUGGGGAAGUCCACUGUGUGCAGGUGUGUCCGAGACAUGUGUCACGCCAUUGUGGCGCUCCUCAGCUCCCUCUAUUUGCGGCCUCCCUGUGAGCAGGAGCUGGAGGACUCAGCCGAGCUCUUCCUUUCCAAUUGGGGCUUUCCUCAUUGUGUUGCUGCCGUAUCAACACUUCAUACAGCUAUCAUCACCCCAUCAAACAACGCCUCUGACUAUGCCAAUCCGGCCGGCUGGCUCUCCGUGAUGUCACAGGUGGCUGUUAACGGGCGGGGGCAGUUCUGGGAUGUAUGUGCAAGUUUCCCAGGUGGGACAGACCCAACUGACAUCUUACAAAACUCCUCGUUGUGGGCCACAGCUGCAGAGGGCGGCCUGUCACCUGCCACACCGCCCAUCUUCAUGGGAAAACCACUCAGGUAUGUGCUGCUGGGGGAGCCCUGUUAUCCUCUCCAGAACUGGCUAAUAAAGGCUUACCCUGAGGAAAGGGGUCGGCGGGCUAAUCAAACAGCACUGACUCAGCAACAGCGACUCUUCAACAGGCAGCUCACCACAGCAAUGCGUGUGCCUGAGGAGGCACUGCUGAGGCUGAGGGCACGCUGGCAGUGUCUGAGCAAGAGGAACGACUGUGGCCUGGAUGUGGUGCCCACAAUGAUCCUAGCCUGCUGCAUCCUGCACAACAUGUGUGAGUCCCACGGAGACCCCUUCAAGGCAGAGUGGCAGGAGGAGGUGGUGUCUGCUGAGAGCCCUCAGCCCAGCCACAAGCAUCUCCUCUCGACCAGUAUGGACGACGGUCCUGCUGAGGAGGUGCGACAGCUAUUCUGCGACUACUUUGAACAGCUGAAUACCUAAAAAACUCCCUUCACUUUUAGACUGACAUGUGAAUAUUCGGAACCAUUUCAGUAAUCUUGUACUACCAGUACAUAUUUUAGACAUUUUAUAGCAGGUCAUUUCAGAAUGCAGUCGUUGCUAUCAUGUAAAUAAUGCUGAAUGUUAACACGAAUAUUGAAGCUUGGGUUUGCAUUUAUCCUGAAGCAUGGUUGACGAAGGAAGUAAGACUGACUGAAAGAAGUUUAAUCUGAGAGGUUUGACCUCAGCCCUGUCUGAGAUGGCCUAAAUUAUGCAUUCAAAGGAAAAACACUCAGAUUUAUGUACCAAUUAUCUUUUUGGAGGAGAUCGUGACAGACAAGUUUCUUAUUUUUUCAACCAAUGUUUCAUCUACCAAACUCUUUUUUUUUUUUUUUUACUGUAAAAGCUUUGGACAACGGAUCAUGAUAUUUAUGAUUACUUUGUUUUACACAUUUGUACAUCCCGAUAUAUAAACAUCCAAUUUUCUUUGAGUAAGUCUUUUGUAAACAGUUAUGUAUUAUAUUA